GUUACUAAUGACCUGAACCAAUGAGAGUGACCAUUACGUGCGCACCAAGCGACAGUAACACUUGCUCUUCUUUUUGCUCCUCUUUUUCUCCCUUCUCUCAACCUCUCUGUGCCCUUCUCUACCUGCCAACAGUCAUAAAUUUUUUAUUUUUUCUGGGUUUUUGUUAUUGUUAUUGGGUUUUCUUUUGGAGAUAAUUUCAAGGUUGUUUCUUUUUCUCGUUUUUUAACGUGAAAUAAGGAAAUGGGAAAUUUGUAAUGGGUGGUUUUUGAACGAGUGGUGGAUUUUUGGAAGAUAAAAAGAAAAGGGAGAUGAGGAAAUCGUUUAAGGAUUCUCUUAAAGCUCUUGAAGCUGAUAUUCACUUUGCCAAUACUCUCCAUGUGAGAGCUCACAUGAUGCCAGUGUAGAUGGGCCAGAUGAAUGAUGCCCUGCUAGUUGAGUUGCCUUCUUUUUGAAAACUGAGGCUUCUGAUUAUCCUAGGGAAUAUGAUGGUGCCUGCCUUCAAAUGAGAUUAUCCUACAGCCCUGCUGCCAACUUCUUUCUUUUUCUUGUCCAGUGGACUGAUUGUCACCUAGCUGGUGCCUUGGGAUUGCUUAGAAUUCUUAUAUACAAGGCUUAUGAGGAUGGAAAGACAACCAUGUCUAUUUAUGAAAGAAAGGCUAGCAUAAGAGAGUUUUAUGGGGUGAUAUUUCCUUCUUUAUUGCAACUUGAAAGAGGAAUCACUGAUGUAGAAGACAGAAAGCAAAAAGAAAUUUGUGCAAAGUACAAAAAGAAAGACGAAAUGGACAAAGGAAAGCUCUCUGAAAUUGAUUUAGAGAGAGAGGAAGAAUGUGGUAUUUGCAUGGAGAUUAAUAGCAGAGUUGUAUUGCCCAAGUGCAAUCAUGCAAUGUGUAUGAAGUGCUAUCGAGAUUGGCGUACGCGCUCUCAAUCAUGUCCUUUCUGUCGAGACAGUCUCAAGAGAGUCAACUCAGGUGACCUUUGGAUCUACACCAACAACAAUGAGAUCAUUGACUUGUCUUCAAUCACUAGACAGAACUUGAAAAGACUGUUCAUGUACAUUGAUAAGUUGCCACUCAUUGUUCCUGAACCAAUGUUUGUUUCUUACGACCCCCGUUACCGGUGAGGGUCUGGAAAAGUUUGCAUAAAGUUCCGGUUGCUUGUAUAUGAUUCUUGCUUCCCCUCAUUCAGCAGCACACAUUUUAACAUUGUAUAUAUACCUUGUCAUUCUUAGCACGGUUUGGUUGCUAUGAUUUUAGAAA